GAAAGGUUGCUAGCGCGACCUCCUGUACUGUAGAAUGUAGUAUGGACCAUAGGACAGGACGAAGAAGUCCCGUUAAGAAGCUGUGGAGGCCUAAGAUGCUCUACUAGUCUGCUGGAAAUCCAAAGAAGACGAAGGAGUAAAAAGCAAAAUGGCGUUGACAGAGAAGGCCUAAACGUGGCCACUGGUCAUUAUUGUUUCUCUAUUUGUAUUUAGUGCAUACAUGUACGCAUAUAUGUCGUUUAGUAGAUGAAACAUUGUUAGUCAUUGUUUGUAUCCGGAUACAUUAGUCUGAGCGCACUUUAUGUGCUAGCUUAGCUUGCUAGUUAGCUUAGCUUGUUAGCUGCUAACAAAGAGACGCGGACGUUAUCAACACAUCGCUAAGUAGAGAUCAAAUGUGAGUGUAAAGUGUUGUGAUUGUGUGAAAAUGUGCGAAAGAACGAUAGCAAAGUAUGAGGAGGAACUUUGUCCAACAAAAGAGGAGAAGGAGCGACAACAUCAACUUAUGGACGCUGUUUUCAAGAAACAUCAAGUUGUGUUACACAUAACAGACGUCCAGCAGCCCCCUCACAUUAAAGAGGAAGAGGAGGAUCCACAGCCGCCCUACAUGAAAGAGGAAGAGGAGGAAGUGUGGAUCAGUCAGGAGGGAGAGUGUCUUCUAGGGCAGGAGGAGGAUGAUGUCACCAAGUUUCCACUGACUGUUGUCUCUGUGAAGACUGAAGAGCAUGAAGACAAACCACCUGAGUCCUCACAGCUUCAUCACAGUCCAAAUGUCUGUGAAGAACAACUUCUGCCUGAAAAACAGGAGUGUAGCUUCAGGAUGAUGAAGGAGGAUCCAUUAAAGAGGAAGACCAGGCGCCACGGACCCUCUGGCGUCUCCUUUUCCUCUUUGACACAGACCCUUCCCUGUAAAAAGGAAGAGGAAGACUCACUGACGCCCCACAUUAAAGAGGAAGAGAAGGAACACGACAUCAGUCAGGAGGGACAGCAUAUUGAAGGACUGGUGGAGUUCCCAGUGACUGGUGUCCCUGUGAAGAGUGAAGAUGAUGAGGUCAAAGGUGAAAGUGAAGAGAAGAGAGAGGCGGAGCCUCCAAGCAGCAGCUCAACACAACACAUGACAACAGAAGCUGAUGGAGACCACUGUGGAGGAUCACAAGCAGACAAGCUCUUAGCUCCACUAUCAGAUAGUGAGGACACAACGUCACACUCUCCUGACACUGAUGAUGAAGACUCUAAAGAUGAUAAGACAUGUCACACUGACAACACUCACUUCAAAUGUUCUCACUGUGACAAAACCUUUAAGAACCAUUGGCAUCUAAAAAGACACAUGAGAACACACACUGGAGAAAAACCUUUUAUCUGUUCAAUCUGUAGUAAAAGUUUUGUAGAAAGUCGCAAUUUGAAAGUACACAUGAGAACACACACUGGUGAAAAACCUUUUACUUGUUCAAUCUGUGGUUUAUCUUUUACAAGGAAGGAACAUUUGAAAGUGCACAUGGGAACACACACUGGUGAACAACCUUUUUCCUGUUCAAUCUGUAGUAAAGGUUUUGUAGAAAGUCGCAAUUUGAAGUUACACAUGAGAACACACACUGGUGAAAAGCCUUUUGUCUGUUCAAUCUGUGGUAAAGGUUUUGUACAAAGUAACCAUCUGAAAAGACACAUGAGAACACACACGGGUGAAAAGCCUUUUGUCUGUUCAAUCUGUGGUAAAGGUUUUGUACAAAGUAACCAUUUGAAAACACACAUGAGAACACACACUGGUGAAAAACCUUGUUCUUGUUCAAUCUGUGGCUUAUCUUUUACAAGGAUGAAACAUUUGAAAGUACACAUGACAACACACACUGGUAAAAAAAAAUUUUCCUGUUCAAUCUGUAGUGAAGGUUUUGUAGAAAGUCACAAUUUGAAAGUACACAUGAGCACACACACGGGUGAAAAACCUUGUAUCUGUUCAAUCUGUGGUAAAGGUUUUACAAAAAGUCAGAAUUUGAAAAGACACAUGAGAACACACACUGGUGAAAAACCUUUUACUUGUUCAAUAUGUGGCUUAUCUUUUACAAGGAAGGAACAUUUGAAAGUGCACAUGAGAACGCACAUUGUUGAAAAAAUGUUUUCCUGUUGAAUCUGUGGUAAAGGUUUUACAAAAAAAUCAGUGUUUGCUUAAGACACAAGAAAACACACACUGGUGAAAAAUCACAUUCCUGUUCAAUCUGCAACAGAAGCUUUUGUCAACGAUCAAACCUUGUAGCACACAUGAGAACACACACUGGAGGGAAAGUGUUGAGUUGCAGUGUGUGUGGUGAAAGAUUCUCUUCUAAGUACCAGUGUAAGAAACAAAAGUGUGCUGGUGAGAACAGCAGCAGCAAAUGAAACUGCAGGAUUUGAAAUAAACUGUCAAGAAAGGUGCAUGUGUUUGGAGGUGGGAGGAAGCCGGAGUACCCGGAGGGAACCCACGCAGUCACGGGGAGAACAUGCUAACUCCACACAGAAAGAUCCCGAGCCCGUGAUUGUACUCAGGACUACUCAGGACCUUUGUAUUGUGAGGCAGAUGCACUAGCCCCUCUACCACCGUGCUGCCUAUUAUAUAUUUAUAUAUAUACUACCGUUCAAAAGUUUGGGGUCACAUUGAAAUGUCCUUAUUUUUGAAGGAAAAGCACUGUACUUUUCAAUGAAGAUAACUUUAAACUAGUCUUAACUUUAAAGAAAUACACUCUAUACAUUGCUAAUGUGGUAAAUGACUAUUCUAGCUGCAAAUGUCUGCUUUUUGGUGCAAUAUCUACAUAGGUGUAUAGAGGCCCAUUUCAAGAAACUAUCACUCCAGUGUUCUAAUGGUACAAUGUGUUUGCUCAUUGGCUCAGAAGGCUAAUUGAUGAUUAGAAAACCCUUGUGCAAUCAUGUUCACACAUCUGAAAACACUUUAGCUCGUUACAGAAGCUACACAACUGACCUUCCUUUGAGCAGAUUGGGUUUCUGGAGCAUCACAUUUGUGGGGUCAAUUUAACGCUCAAAAUGGCCAGAAAAAGAGAACUUUCAUCUGAAACUCAACAGUGUAUUCUUGUUCUUAGAAAUGAAGGCUAUUCCACAAAAUUGUUUGGGUGACCCCAAACUUUUGAA